CACAUGAUCAUAACCACCAGCCUUUAAUAUAUAACUGGGAACCUAUAGCUAGAGAGACUUCAUUGCCUUUAAUAAAGAGAGAAUAGAGCGCUGUUCUGCUAUUAUAGAAUAAUGGAACAGGGAAGAGGUAGUGAAAAGAAGAAGGUGAUGGUGGCAAUAGAUGAUAGUGAGAGUAGCCACUAUACACUUGAAUGGUUUCUUGAUAAGCUAAGAGAUUCCAUCGCUGACUCUGAUGUUAUCAUCUUCACUGCACAGCCUAAUUCUGAUCUGGGUUAUCUCUAUGCUUCCACUUUUGGCACUGCUCCUGCGGAUUUGGUUGCAUCCAUACAAGAGAAUAAAAAAAAGAUUGCAUUAAUUCUGUUGGAUAAAGCUAAAGACAUUUGUGCCAGACAUGGGGUCGAUGUAGAGAUAAUGACAGAAAUUGGGGAUCCUAAAGAGGCAAUAUGUGAAGCUGUAGAAAAGCUCAACGUCCAACUACUGGUUUUAGGUAGCCAUGAUCGGGGACCUGUGCAGAGGGCUUUUCUGGGAAGUGUCAGCAACUACUGUGUGCACAAUGCCAAGUGCCCUGUUCUUGUUGUGAAGAAACCUGCAGUUUGAGGACUUCACCGUCAUAGUGCUGCUAUCAUGUGAAGCAGAAUGCUGAGUUCUGGCUAUACGGAGGCCAGUAAGUCUCAGUUUUCUGUCAUAACAAACUUACAGCAUAUCAAGUAAAAAAUAAUCCUCAGAAUGUUCCGAUGCUGUUUGAUAAGUUUGAUAUUUGGGUCUUGUCAAAAGGCGUUGUGUUUGUAAGUUAUUAGAUAAAAUAAAUUCAUCUCAGCUGGUUUGGCUUCUGUUAA